AACUGAAAGGUUGGUUGGCCAGUGGCGGGCGGCAGAAACAGUAAACAGAAACAGAAUCAAAGCAGAAGACAGAUGCAAUAGAAAAGGAAGAGGCGACAAUUCGAGAGACUGAGUGUUUUCUGUUGCUUUUUUGCUUAAAGCCCAAAUGUCAGGUGUUUUACGCAACAUGUACUACUAUAAACGAAGCACAGUAAAGAGAAGAAAAAGAGCAAAUUGCUUGAGAACAGGACAACAACAAGAGGAAGAACGCUGCUAGCUAAGAAAGCAACAAGACGAAAGCUUAGCAAAAAGCAUAAAACAAGCAACAGCUGCCACACAUAAAAAAAAAAGCAGCAGCAACAACAAAAAUAAACAAAUAACUGAAUAUAAUCAAAAAAAAAAAAAAAGCAAAACAAAACAAAAACUCUAAAAAGCAAGUAACGGUCGAAAAAGUGGUAAGAGCAGAGCAAAGAGAUCGAAACGAUAUCGGGAGUAACGCAGCAAUAACAACAACAACACCCACUACAGAACAACAAGUGCUCUCUCUCUCUCUCUACUCUCUGUCGCUCUCGCUCUCUCUCUCUCUCCAUCUCUAUCUAUAUGCUUCAUCUCUGUCUCUCGCAUUACGCACACGCAGCAAUCUACAAGACUUUGCGAAAACAGAACAGCAAAGCAGCAACGAGCUUUAAACAAGAAGAAACAAGAAACGCGCGAGGACAAAAUAAGCGGAGGUGAAGCCUUGAGACUGCUUCUCGCCAUGACCAUCAUACUAUUCCUGGUAGACACAUCCUCGUCCAUGUGCCAGAAGGCGUAUGUGAAUGGUGUACAAAAGACCUACCUGGAUAUAGCGAAAGGAGCAGUGGAGACAUUUUUGAAGUACAGACAACGCACACAGGAUUGCUUGGGUGAUCGCUACAUGCUCCUGACCUUCGAGGAGCCGCCAUCGAAUGUGAAAGCGGGCUGGAAGGAGAAUCAUGCGACCUUUAUGAACGAGCUUAAGAAUCUGCAAAGCCAUGGCCUGACCUCAAUGGGUGAAUCACUACGCAAUGCAUUCGAUUUGCUUAAUCUCAAUCGCAUGCAAUCGGGCAUCGAUACCUAUGGCCAGGGGCGUUGUCCGUUCUAUCUGGAGCCGUCGGUGAUAAUAGUGAUAACCGAUGGCGGACGCUAUUCGUAUCGGAAUGGUGUUCAUCAAGAGAUUAUACUGCCGCUAAGCAAUCAAAUACCUGGCACAAAGUUUACCAAGGAACCAUUUCGCUGGGAUCAGCGGCUAUUCUCGCUGGUGCUGCGCAUGCCGGGCAAUAAGGUGGAUGAGCGAGUGGAGGGCAAAGUGCCGCACGAUGAUUCGCCCAUUGAACGCAUGUGUGAGGUCACCGGCGGACGUUCCUAUCGCGUGCGCAGUCAUUAUGUGCUGAAUCAGUGCAUCGAGAGUUUGGUGCAGAAGGUGCAACCGGGCGUGGUCUUGCAAUUUGAGCCCAUGCUGCCGAAGGAGACGACGGCAACAGCAGCAAGCAACACAACAGGCGGUGGAGCAGCAGCCGCCGCAGCAGCAGCAACAGCAGCAGCAACAACAACGCCGUCAACUGCUGCGUCGUCGUCGACAAGCAGCAGCAGCAGCAACAGCAACGAACCCACGCCUGACAUAGUCUUCCAGCCUUUGAAGAAAAUGAUCUAUGUGCAAAAGCAUAUUACACAAAAGACAUUUCCGAUUGGCUAUUGGCCGCUGCCGGAGCCCUAUUGGCCCGAUUCCAAGGCUAUAACAUUGCCACCCCGCGACGCCCAUCCAAAGUUGAAGAUUCUGACGCCGGCGGUGGAGGAACCUCAACUCGUACGAAGUUUUCCCGUAGAUAAAUAUGAAAUCGAAGGCUGUCCCCUAACGCUGCAAAUACUGAACAAGCGUGAGAUGAACAAAUGCUGGCAGGUGAUCGUCACCAAUGGCAUGCACGGCUUCGAGCUGCCCUUUGGCUAUCUGAAGGCGGCGCCGAACUUCAGUCAAGUGCAUCUCUAUGUGCUGGCCUACAAUUAUCCAGCGCUGCUGCCGCUGCUCCACGAUCUGAUACACAAGUACAACAUGAGUCCGCCCAACGAUCUCAUGUACAAGUUCAAUGCCUACGUGCGCUCCAUUCCGCCGUACUAUUGCCCCUUUCUGCGCAAGGCAUUGGCCAACAUCAAUGUGCCGUAUCAGCUGCUGCAGUUUCUGUUGCCCGAAAAUGUGGACAAUUAUCUGUCACCUUCCAUAGCGAAUCAUUUGAAGCACAUCAAGAAUACUGCAAAGCAGGAUCAGGAGAACCUUUGCCUGAAGGUUUACAAACAAUUGAAGCAACCCAAACCGCCUUAUAGACAAGUAGAAACCGCCAAGCUCUGCACGGGCGCCGCACUGCGGCGCGAUUUGGUGCGGCAUCCGCUGCUGCGCGACACGUUCGCCAAGUUGCAUGCCGAGAUCGAGCCAGUGGAGAACUAUACCAUUGUGGUGCCUCAGAUAACGAAUCAAAGCGCUGCCAAGGGUUAUCGCAAUCCCUUUGAUAUACCACGACGUGAUCUUAUUGAUGAAAUUGCGCGCAUGCGUGAAACAUUUCUGCGUCCCGCUGCCAGUUUGCUGGGCAAGGAUUCGGGACAUUGUCUGCCCAUUGCUGAGAUGGGCAACUACCAGGAGUAUUUGAAGAACAAGGAUAAUCCGCUGCGUGAAAUCGAACCCACCAAUGUGCGCCAGCAUAUGUUCGGCAAUCCCUACAAGAAGGAUAAGCAUAUGGUAAUGGUGGAUGAGGCCGAUCUAAGCGAUGUGGCGCCAAUUAAAGCUGCCAGCGGCUCAGCAGCGUCGCCCUUGGGCGCAGGCUUGCUGCUGGGCAAUGGUGUUGGUGCCUUGGGCAUGAAAUCGAAGCAGCUGGAUCCCAAUGGACGUGGACGCAAACGCAAGGCGGGCCCAUUGCCGCGCAGCUUUGAGUUUAGACGUUUGUCGGUUGAUUCAACUAGCGGCGCCAGCAGCAGCAGCAACAUUGGCGGCGGCGGCAACAACAACAGCAGCAGCAGCAGCAGCGGUGCCAGCAGCAGCAACAGCAGUAGCACUAGCAGCAGCUUGAGCAAUAUACACAGCAGCAGCAGCAACAACAACAUUGACGACAGCGACAGCGAUAUUGACAGUUUGAACAGCAGCAUGGAGGAUCUGGUGCAGGAUGAUGAUGAUGAUGAGGAUGAGCAAAUGAGCACUGAGGAAAGCAAUGAGCAUAAUUAUGAUUCGGAUGCGCCUAGUCAAAGCAGCAGCGUUAGCAGCGUCAGCAACAACAACAACAACAACACCACCACCACAACAACCAGCAGCAGCAACAGCGAUAGCAACAGCAAUAUAAGCAGCGACUCCGGCGUAGCUGAGCCACGUUUAAGCUAUGAUUUUAGCGAGGAGGAAGCAACAGACCAGGAAAUGCCUUUAAAUGGUUUUGUGCAUAAUUUUAUUAAUGGCAUUAAUGAUGAAAACAGCAGCAGCAGCAACAACAACAGUAGCAGCAGCAGCAGCAACGAGCAUGAAAAGCAAGACAGCAGCAGUAGCAAUACUGAAGUAACUGCAGCGCCCAGCACGCCAGCAAUAGCAGCAGCAGUAGUAGCAGCAACAGCAGCUAGCACAGCUGCAGCAACAACAACAACAGCAGCAGCAGCAAGCACAGCAACAACAACAGCCAACAGCACAGCCAACAUGCCUGCCAGCAAUGGCACUGCAGCAGACACACAGCUAAGCAGCAGCCACAACAACAGCAGCAGCAGCAGCAGACCCGCAGCAGCAGCAACAGAUCACAGCCACAACAUGCGAGCAGAUCAUAGCCACAUCAUGCGACCAGAUCAUAGCCAGCACCAUGGCAGCAGCAGCGGCGUCUUGUAUGUGCCGCUCAAUGGUUUGACGCUGCAUCAUGCUGCUUAUAGCAGCAGCGUUAGCAACGAUAUGCUGCCGGCAGCAACACACAGCAUAGCAGCAACAGCAACACAUAAUAAUAAGUUAGCAGCAGCAGUUAUAAUGCCGCCGCUGCUGCUAAUGCCGAAUGGUUAUGGCAGCAGUCAUGCAGCCAUGUUGUCGCCACCAGCAGCAACAGCACCAGUCGUAACAACAACCGCAGCAGCAGCAGCUACAACGACAACAACAACAAGCGCUGCUGUUGUUAGCAGCAGCAGCACAACAACAACUGUUGCCAGCAGCAGCUCUAGCACUAGCACUAGCUCUACAUAUUUUGCACACAAUGACAUUAAUGAUGCAUCAGAGAUCUCGCGCAUAUUGCAAACCUGUCACAAUGGCAACAGCAGCAACAACAACAACAGCAACAGCAAUGACAGCGACGAUUUGUUAAAUGGCGAUGCCAAUGGCGAUGGCGAGGAGGAGCCAGAGGAGGAAGAUGAUCUUAGUUUUGACUCCUUGAAGCGUGUGGCCAACAGCAGCGGCGCCAACAGCAGCAGCAGCAGCAGCGGCAACGGCAGCAGCAGCAGCACAAACUUGGUCGGCAAUCCACAUUUUUUUUGGGGCAAUGCGCUCAAUCACUACAGCAGCAAUAACAGCAGCAGCAAUGCCAACAGUAACAGCAACAGCAACAGCAAUCAUCACACCAACAACACAAACAACAACAUUAGAAACAGCAGUCCUAAGCUAGAGCUGAAAGCUUCACCUUCACCCACGCAUAGCCCCACACACAAUGGUGAAGUCACGCCCGUUGUCAUCAAAGCCUGCUCACCAGAUCCCUCAUUAUCGGAUGAGCAGCUGGAGUCGGCACGCCUGCAUAACUACGACUUGCGCUCGCAAAUCUUUCGUGAUAUACGACGACCUGGACGUGAUUAUAGCCAGCUGCUGGAUCAUCUGAAUCUGCUUAAAGGCGAUCAGGACAUGAAGGCCGACUUUGUGGACAUGUGCAUUGGUGAAUCGAUGCGUUUUCGUCGCCAUCAAAUGGUUUGCAGCAUCAAAGAUUGGUGGGAUGGCAAGCAGCAGCAGUUCGAGCCAGAGGAGGAGCUGCAGCAGCAGCAGCACGAGCAGCAGCAGCAACCACCACAGCAGAUGCUGCUGCAGCCGCUGACUGCGCCAGCAUUGGAGAUUAGUAAGAGUUAACGUUGGCUGUUGUCCUCCAACUGAUCAGCGACGAUUAUGCGAAUGACGACGACGACGCUGCUGCUGCUGCGCAAGAUUCGUCUGUGAUUGGUAUGAAAUAACAACAACAACACCAGCAGCAGCAGCAACAACAACAAUGGAACAAUGUGUUGCACACAAAAAAGCAAAAGCAACAAGCUAGAAAGCAACAGAGCCAAGCUAGCAGUUAUUA